AUGGAUUCUUCUCACUCUACCCACUCGGCUGACACUAAGACCGUCGAUGCUACGCAUCUUGAGAAUGCGGGCGUUAAAGGCAAGGGUGGACUUGAUGAGAGAAAUUUGCCGACUUACCAAGAUGCGAAAACGCGACGAAUCCUUCGAAAAGUCGACUUUCGCUUGAUUCCAAUGUUGACACUUCUCUAUGUGCUUGCAUUUUUGGAUCGUGGAAAUAUUGGAAAUGCCAAAGUCGCGGGGAUGAAUGAAGAUCUAGGGUUGACCGGAACGCAAUACAAUUUAGCAUUAACAGUAUUCUUUUUUCCCUACGCAAUAUUCGAGGUCCCAAGCAACAUUGUGCUUAAACUCCUUCGUCCUAGCAUAUGGAUGUGCAUACUCAUGCUCUCAUGGGGGUUGGUCAUGACAUUUCAAGGGCUAGUCAAGAACUACGAACAGCUGGUUGUCACUCGAGUCCUUCUUGGAGUAACGGAAUCUGGUUUCUUCCCUGCCGCUACAUAUCUCCUGACAAUUUGGUACUGCCGCUUCGAGAUCCAGACCCGAAUCGCCGUCUUCUUCUCCGCCGCGUCCCUCGCAGGCGCCUUCUCGGGUUUACUAGCGUUUGCGAUUGAGAAGCUUAACGGCAAAGGAGGUCUAGAAGGAUGGCGCUGGAUCUUCAUUCUCGAAGGCAUCGCUACCGUCAUUGUCGGGCUCACUCUCCCAUGGACACUGCCAGACAGCCCUGCCAUGGCCGGCUUCCUCACUCAAGACGAGAAAGAGCACCUGCAGCGCCGGCUGGAGCAAGACGCCGGAACCUCCUCGGGACAAGUGCAGAUUGGCGAGAAGUUCCAGUGGAAGUUCCUAAGGGCUGCUCUAACUGAAUGGAGAUUGUAUUUCGGAGUCAUCGCAUACUGGGGGAACAGCAUUUGUCUCUACGGGUUCACGUAUAGUGCCCCCAGCAUCAUCCUGCAGCUGGGGUACUCUGCCGCCAAUGCCCAGCUACUCACUAUCCCUAUUUACAUCGUCGGGGUGCUUAGCGUCCUAUUAUUUGCCCGCAUAGCUGACAAGAGACGUUCUCGCUGGAUCUUCAUCGUAACACCAUUCUGCAUCUCGGCCAUCGGCUUCAUCGCCUUACUCAGCAUCCCACACCCAAAAUACCCCGGGCUAACAUACGCUUUCCUAUUCACCAUCCCGGCUGGCGUCUAUCCGCCCCUCGUCGGCAUCUUGGCCUGGGUCGGGAACAAUCUCGCGCCAUCCUGGAAGCGGGCCGUCGGAAUGGCUCUGCUCAUUUCCCUCGGCAAUCUAGGCGGAGCCAUCGGUUCAAACAUCUUUCUGGAGGGUCAGAAGCCUCAUUACCCCCUGGGCUACGGAUUCUCACUUGGAAUUGUUGUCGGGGCUAUUGGUUGCGCGCUAACUCUGGCGUAUUCUUGGGACCGCGCAAAUAAGAAACGAGACGCUGUUUCUGAGAAUGAGGUUCGUGCUAGGCAUUCCGAGCAAGAGCUAUUGGAUAUGGGUGACAGAUCACCACUAUAUCGAUAUGUAGUUUAA